UGCUGGUGAAUCAACCUCUCCCGCUGUCCUGCAUGCAAAGUUUUCAUGGCGGACGCCAAGAGAACUCGCCUCGCCAGAAAAUCGCAGACUUUCUACGGAGACGAGAGCCAUUGAAGGCAAAUCAGAACUCAGACUUCGCUUCCUUGCCGUCUUUCCCCGUGUAACUCCCUCAUUCACCUCGUCUGUGCUCGUGAUCGAGGAGGAACUAGGAAGCUUCUCUUGGAUAGAGAACAAUGGGGGUUCCCCAGACGAUGGAGAGCCUCAAGGAGAGAGCUGCAUUCAUAAGAGAGUCGCUGCAUAAGAGCCAGACCAUCACCGACAGCAUGGUCUCCAUCCUCGGCUCCUUCGACCACCGCCUCUCCGCCCUCGAGACAGCCAUGCGCCCAACUCAGAUACGGACGCACUCCAUUAGGAGGGCCCAUGAGAACAUCGACAAGACGCUGAAGGUCGCAGAGGAUGUUCUGGUGCAGUACGAUCUCACUCGCAAGGCGGAAGCGAAAAUACUGAGGGGGCCGCACGAGGACUUAGAGAGCUACCUGGAAGCGAUUGAUCAGUUGAGAAGCAACAUCCAAUUCUUCAGCAGCAACAAGGGCUUUAAGAGCAGUCAUGGAGUGCUCAACCACGCGAACAGCCUACUUGCCAAAGCUAUAUCGAAGCUAGAAGACGAGUUCAGACAGAUUUUGACAAAUCACAGCAAGCCUGUCGAACCUGAUCGUCUUUUCGAUUGCCUUCCCAACAAUUUACGGCCAUCAUCAGCGUCAUCUGGAAAUCAAGAUGAUUCUAGGGGAAAGAAUCAAUCCGAGCAAGACGCUAAAAGCUUAGAAAAAGCAGUUUACACCCUUCCAACUCUUAUGCCACCAAGGGUCCUCCCAUUGUUGCACGAUUUGAUUCAACAGAUGAUUCAAGCAGGGCACCAGCAGCAGCUCUUCAGGAUCUACGGGGAUAUUCGUGCUUCAGUUGUGGAGCAGAGUCUCCGGAAGCUAGGCGUAGAGAAGCUCAACAAAGAUGACGUACAGAGAAUGCAAUGGGAGGUUUUAGAGGCUAAAAUUGGAAAUUGGAUUCAUUAUAUGCGCAUUGCUGUCAAGCUUCUUUUUGCCGCGGAAAAGAAAAUCUGUGAUCAGAUAUUUGAUGGCUCGGAUUCGCUAAGAGAACAAUGCUUUGCUGAUGUAACUAUGAAUUCUGUUGCCGUUCUCCUCAGUUUUGGGGAGGCCAUCGCUAAGAGUAAAAGGUCGCCUGAAAAGUUAUUUGUGCUCUUGGACAUGUAUGAGAUAAUGAGAGAACUGCAGCCAGAGAUUGCUACACUUUUUGCUUCCAAAUAUUGCACUGAAAUGCGGGACUCGGCUUUAAAUUUGACUAAGCGGCUUGCUCAGACGGCCCAAGAGACUUUUGGUGAUUUUGAGGAAGCAGUCGAGAAAGAUGCCACAAAAACUUCCGUUCUCGAUGGAACUGUUCAUCCUCUAACCAGCUACGUGAUAAAUUACGUAAAAUUCUUAUUUGACUAUCAGUCAACACUGAAGCAACUUUUUCAGGAGUUUGAUGACAACGAGCCCGAGGCUCAAUUGGCCUCUCUAACUACAAGAAUCAUGACCGCUCUUCAGAAUAACCUCGACGGGAAGUCUAAGCAAUACAAAGAUCCUGCCUUGACCCAGUUGUUCCUCAUGAAUAACAUUCACUAUAUUGUGAGAUCCGUAAGGAGGUCUGAGGCAAAGGACUUACUCGGGGAUGACUGGGUGCAAAUCCACCGGAGAAUUGUACAGCAACACGCAAAUCAGUACAAAAGGAUUUCUUGGGCGAAGAUUCUGCAGUGCCUCACGGUACAGGGAGUUGGGGCAGACGGAAGUGGCAGCGGUGGACUCUCAAGAGCAAUGGUGAAGGACAGAUUUAAGACGUUCAAUGUCCACUUCGAGGAGCUCCACCAGAGGCAGUCCCAAUGGACAGUUCCCGACAGCGAGCUGCGUGAAUCCCUAAGACUUGCUGUUGCGGAAGUUGUUUUACCCGCUUAUAGAUCGUUCAUCAAACGCUGCGGGCCGCUCAUAGAGAACGGAAAGAACCCACAGAAGUACAUCAGGUAUUCAGUCGAGGAUCUAGAACGAAUGCUGAACGAGUUCUUUGAGGGCAAGACAUGGAGUGAGCCGAAGCGGUAAUCCUUUUAGAAACGAGUUUGCUCGGUCAAUUGAAUUUGCUUCAGUCUGUAAUUAAUUAAGAUUUUCUCCAAUAAUCAUUGUCCUCGGUGGUAACCUCGUCUCCCGGCAUUCUUUUGUUGGAAUAAGGGAUAAUAAUGCCCAUAAAAUGAUAUGUAUGUCGUCUUUAGGCUCUUUUACUAAUUAAAAUGAGCAUAUAUGCUUAUACUUA